UGCCCGGUAAGGUUUUGAUGUCUUUUAUUUUGAAAUUGCCACUUUUCCUUUGUUACGUCACUUGGUGUCCACAGGUGCAUAUAAUCUGGGAGUUUGCACGUGGAUGGAGGUGGAAAGGGGACUCACACUUUGUUGUGCAAGAACACGUUGGCAAGAAGAGAAAUCUGAUGGAGGUUCCUCACAAAAGACCUGAGGAGCAGUUGGUUAAGAGGAGGAGAUCAGAGACAGGAGAGAAGGACGUGGAGACCAUCAAGCCUGAGAGCAAUGUAGAGGCAUCCUCCACUGUCACAAGGAGAGUCGGCGAGGAGAAUCCUUUGAAGAGAAAGUGCAUGGAUGUUUCUCAAGGACCUGAGUCCAGGCCUGAAGCGACAGGAAAAAGGAGGAGAACAGAGACAGAGGAGAACUAUAAGAAAACAAAAGACAUCUUUUUAAAGUGCUACGCAGUGGGACGUAUGCUAGGACAUGGAGGCUGCGCUUCCGUCUGCGCAGGGGUCCGGAGGUCAGAUGGGAUAAAGGUGGCACUGAAGAUCAUGUCCAAGAUUAUAAAUGACAAGUACAUCACAGUUCUCGGUGACACACGCAGACUCCCCGCUGAGGUUGCGAUUUUGGAACUCGUGUGCAAGCCGCCACGCUGUCCGUAUGUGAUCGAACUGCUAGAUUGGAUCGGGACGCCCGCAGGCAUCAUCAUCGUCUUGGAUAGGCCGGACCACUGCGUUGAUCUCUUCGAAUUCUGUAGGCGUGUGAACUUGACUGAAAAUAUGGCUAAAAUCAUCAUGCAGCAAGUCAUUCAGGCUGCACGUCACUGCCGUGCCCGGGGUGUGUUCCACCGUGACAUCAAGGAGAAAAUAUUCUCAUCAACCCUCACACCCUUGAAGUCAAGCUCAUUGAUUUUGGCUGUGGUGAUCUACAUAAAGACACUCCCUACACUGAAUAUGCAGGCACUCCGAUUUACUUCCCUCCUGAAUGGAUAACCGAAAGAAAGUAGGAGGCGGAACCCGCUACUGUCUGGGGUCUGGGUGUCCUCCUGUACAGCAUGCUGUGUGGACACAGUUUAACAGCACACACCAGACUGUUUAUGGCCUCCAAUGUUUCCCAAGAAAAACUGU